CCUGUGUUUUCUCUCUUUCUGUAUGUGGUGCAGCUAAAAAGACCCUGCAAAACUCUUAACUAUUCGUUCAAUGGCACUUAGUAGAGACUAUUCCCAAGCAUUAGCAAACAUUAGAUGACGAAAUCAUCGUUGGGACAGAGUGACAACCCUUCUCCCUUCCAAAAGCAAGCCCCUGGCCAAUGAAGCAUGCCUCUAUAGACACCAACUCUGCAUCAUCAUUCCACAUCCAAAGAAGUGCAAGCCAUAGGUGUACCUCAUCUGCAUCUUCAGGCAAAGGGUUAAAAAUGCAGAUGGCGGCAGCACUUUCUUACAGCCUGUCCUACCUCACAGGGGUGGAGGAUACUGGAACCCAUUUGUCACAGUGGCAUUUCCUUAUCAUCAUCCUCAUGUCUGCUACAGAAGAGGGCCCACAGGCUGCAAGUCCUAAGAGCACAGAAAAGGAGCAACAGUGUGUCAUAAAAAGGGUAGCUGAUCUGCCCUUGGUCAGCUCCACCUAUGAGAUCGUUUCUGCUACUUAUAACUCUGCAAAGGGGUCCCAUCCAGCUAUCCAAGCAGUCUGUGAUAUGGCAGAAGUUGGAGUGAAGACAAUUGCUUCUUCGGCAGUGAGUGGCGCGCAGCCUCUCCUGAAUAAGCUUGAACCUCAGAUUGCUUCAGCAAAUACCUAUGCCUGUCAGGGUCUUGACAAGCUACAAGAGACCCUACCUGUAGUGCAGCAGACUAUUGAAAAGGUCGUAUCAGAUGCCAAAGGCCUUGUAACAAGUGCCAAGGGGUCUGUUUGCACAAGAGUCUCUAAAGCAAGGGAUACAGUGUCAAGUGUGGUAGAUGUGGUCAAAGAGGCUGCCCAGGAAAGCAUGAAGAUGGCCAGGUCUGCAAUGAUGAGUGGCAUGGAUACCAUGAUGGAGAUCAACAUGAGGGAGAUGUUGGUUGAUGGUAUUGACCAAAUGAUAGAAAUAUCUGAGGAUAUGAUAGACUACUACCUGCCAGUAACAGAUGAGGAGCUAGCUGCCAUUGCAGCUUCUGUGGUAGUAAGAGUCCCUGAAGAAGAUCCCCUUGAAGAGGAGAAAAAGGAGGAAAGGAUGGAAGAGGAGGAGGGCUACUAUGAGCGCCUGGGCUCCCUCUCUGCCUUGCUCCGACACAGAUCCUACCAGAGUUCUCUGGCAAAGAUACAAAGGAUCAAGCGUGGUGCUCAGGAGGUACUCUUCCAGCUUCAAGAAGCCAUUUUGUUGGUGAAGUACACCAUGCAGUCUUUGGAUAGGCAAUUUAAUCCAAAAGCUAAUGCUCGUCGGAAGGAAAUGGAGCCUGUUUUCCUGGAGUGGAACGGGGGUCAACCAGGACCAAGGGAGACCUCUGAAGAGAGUUGGUUAGAGAUAGCAUCCCAGGCUCUGAACCUGUCCCGCAGCGUUAUCCAGCAGAUGCAGACUAUCUGCCAGAGACUCUUGGCUAAUAUGCAGGGCCUUCCUGCUGCUCUCCAAGGAAAGGUGCAGCAAGCUUACAGCAGCAUGGAGGAGCUGCAGGCUGCCCUCUCCAGUGCCAAAUCCUUGAAGGACCUUCCUAGUGGUGGCCUAAAGCAAAGUCAGGAGAAGAUUGAAAAGGCCCACGAGGCCAUAUGUGAGGUCAUGGAGUAUGUGAUGCUGAGAACUCCCUUCACAUGGGUGGCUGGGUCCUUCUCUCCUGCUGGAACCUCUGCAGUGGAACUGGAAGAGGAGGCAAAGGUGGAGGCCUAAAGGAAUGCCAAGCCUGGGGAUCUGCUUGGAGCUAUGGGUUGUCUGCCUCUCAUGGAGCAAUAUGUAGCUUGUGUAAGAAUUAUAAUGUUUGAAGAAGGUAUAAGAUCAUUACCAUUAGAAAUGAUUUUGGGAGACCCAGUGAUUCUAAUAGAGAUGGCUGAUGCCCAUUUCUUGAAUAGCCAGGUGAUAUUUCUAGAAUAUGGGGGAAGUUUCCAAAUGGUUUAUAGGCUGCUAAUAGAACUUGCAUAGUAGAUUUACUCCUUUUUGAUAAUUAUACCGAGCAAAAUCAUUUAUCUCCUAGGUUCAACUGACAUUGUCAGACUUGAGUUGAAGGAUACUGAAAUCUUAAGGGCCUUCCUGCAUGGGAGGCAAAUAUAGGGGGCAAAUGCAAAUGAAUUGUUUUUAUUGUGUCUUGAGGCUUUUGUAUGUUGUAUCUGUGCAAAUAAAAUGUGAUUGCAGCGAAAA